GGAUGUGUUGGGACAAGUGCUUUUUCAAGCCAGGAUAUCAGUGGAAGACACAGUGUUCCCUAAAAGCCAUCCAGUUCCCGGGGAGCAUCAGCAGCCGCGAAUCCUCUGCUCCGCACAGAAAAUCCGCUUGACCUUUCCUUUGCCUUCUGGUGUUUUUUAUGGGUUUAGAAGCAAAAAGGAUCCUCAGCGAGAGCUUUUUCAUGGUGAAAGGUGCAGCCCUUUUCUUACAGCAAGGAAACAGCUCCCAGGGCCAGAGAAGCCUCCAGCAUCCCCACAAACAUGCAGGUGACUUGCCCCAGCACCUCCAGGUGAUGAUCAACCUCCUGCGCUGCGAGGACAGGAUCAAACUGGCCGUGCGUUUGGAGAGCGUGUGGAGCGACCGCGUGCGCUACAUGGUGGUGGUGUACAGCAACGGGCGGCAGGACACCGAGGAGAACAUCCUGCUGGGAGUGGACUUCUCCAGCAAGGAGAGUAAAAGCUGCACUAUAGGAAUGGUUCUUCGCCUCUGGAGUGAUACUAAAAUCCAUCUGGAUGGGGAUGGUGGAUUCAGCGUGAGCACUGCAGGGAGGAUGCACAUCUUCAAACCUGUGUCAGUGCAAGCCAUGUGGUCUGCUUUACAGAUCCUCCACAAAGCCUGUGAAGUUGCCAGGAGGUACAACUACUUCCCAGGAGGGGUGGCUUUGGUGUGGGCCACCUACUACGAGAGCUGCAUCAGCUCUGACCAGAGCUGCAUCAACGAGUGGAACGCCAUGCAGGACCUGGAGUCCACCCGGCCCGACUCCCCAGCCCUCUUUGUUGACAAGCCGACAGAAAGGGAGCGAACCGAGCGCCUCAUCAAAGCCAAGCUCCGCAGCAUCAUGACCAGCAAAGACCUGGAAAAUGUGACCUCCAAGGAGAUCCGAAACGAGCUGGAGAAGCACAUGAACUGCAACUUGAAGGAAUUCAAGGAAUUUAUAGACAAUGAAAUGCUGCUGAUCCUGGGUCAGAUGGACAAACCAUCCCUGAUUUUUGAUCAUUUGUACCUGGGCUCUGAGUGGAAUGCUUCCAACCUGGAGGAGCUGCAGGGCUCGGGCAUUGAUUACAUCCUGAACGUCACCCGGGAAAUCGACAACUUCUUCCCAGGCCUGUUCGCGUAUCACAACAUCCGCGUGUACGACGAGGAGACCACGGACCUGCUGGCUCACUGGAACGAGGCUUAUCACUUCAUCAACAAGGCCAAGAAGAACCACUCCAAGUGCCUGGUGCACUGCAAGAUGGGCGUGAGCCGCUCGGCCUCCACCGUCAUCGCCUACGCCAUGAAGGAGUUCGGCUGGUCCCUGGAGAAGGCCUACAACUACGUGAAGCAGAAGCGCAGCAUCACGCGGCCCAACGCCGGCUUCAUGCGGCAGCUGCUGGAGUACGAGGGAAUUCUGGAUGCCAGCAAGCAGCGCCACAAUAAACUGUGGAAGCAGCAGGCAGAGAGCAACCUGCCCCAGAACACCGAUGGCACCACGGGGUCGGGAGAUUUCCUACUGGAGAGCUUGGACAUCGACCUGGAGAACCGCCUGGCUGACCUGGACAUGCCUUCCCAGUCAGCCUACCUGGACAACCGCGGCUCCGACGGCUCCGUGGGCUUCCAUUACUGCUUCCGCCGCCUCUCGGACACCCUGCUGGAGAACAAGAUUCCCGGGGACAGGGAGGGCUUCUUCCACAUGGAGCAGCUGGAGCGGGAGGCCCUGGUGGGACAGGCUCCCUCUGCACCAUCCCAGGGAAGGGCCCCGGAGAGAGCGGAGCCGCUGGCAGAGCUGGGUGGCUUCUGUGAGAAAGAGGCAAAGAAGAAACUGGACUUCAGCCCCAGGAAGGGGAGGAUGGUCCUUGGGGAGCCAGGGGAGGACGGUGUCAGGGAGGAAAAUCCCAUGGAGAAGUGGAAGAGGCGUUUGUCCAUGCACAAGGAGGAGAGCAGGCUCAAUAGGGAGAACUUGAAUAACAACAACAGCAAAAGGAGUUGCCCAGAGGAUUUUGAGCACGACGCCGUGUUUGGGAUCCUCAGCAAGGUGAAGCCUUCCUACCAGUCCUGCACAGACUGCAUGUACUCCUCGGCAGGGCUGGCCCCCGACUCCUUCGGGGAGCAGUGCGAGAGGCUCGGCGCCAGCGCCGCGCGCCGCAGCAGCACCAUCUGCACCCAGCCCCCCAUCCUGUCCCACCUGCACUCCCACCUGAUGGAGCACCUGCCCAGCAGGGCACCCCCUGAGGAGCCUGGCAGAACUAAACAUAACGAGGCUCCGCUCCCUCUGGUGCCGGGAGCCGGGACUGUGGAGGUUGGCACGUGCAGGUCGCUGGAUCAGCACUGCGGCCUUUUGGAGAGAGGGAAAGAUGCGCCAAAAACCCCCGAGAAAACUCUGCUGCCCAGGAGAAACUCCCACUGUGACAGGAGCCUCCUUCACGCAGAGGUGGUGAGGGAAGAGUCUCUGGCCAGAAAGGACCCCAGACCUACCAAGGACCUGAAGUACCUGUUGUUCAGCAAAGACUUGGAAAAGCCGAGCGCCAACAGUUACCUGAUGCAGCACCAGGAGUCGCUGCUCCAGCUGCAGAAGGCAGGAUUGGUCAGGAAGCACACCAAAGAGCUGGAGCGCCUCAAGAGCCUCCCCUCGGACACCUCAGCAGGCAGGGUGGACUCCAGCAUCGUGGAGGAGAGCGAGGACUUGAUGUCCCAUCCCAGCCUCGUGCCUCUCCUGGCUCCGGCCCCGCUGGUGCCCACGGACGCCGAGAACGACGCGGAGAAGCUGGGGGUGAAGCGAAUCCUGGAGGGGCUGUCCCAGAAAACCUCCACGCCGGCCGGGUGCCGCCUGGAGCACACGAGCAGCUUCACCAAGGACUUCCUGAAGACCAUCUGCUACACCCCCUCCUCCUCCCGCUCCUCCAACCUGACCCGCAGCUCCAGCAGCGACAGCAUCCACAGCGUGCGCGGCAAGCCCGGCCUGGUGAAGCAGCGCACGCAGGAGAUCGAGACCAGGCUGCGCCUGGCCGGCCUCACCGUGUCCUCACCCCUGAAAAGAUCCAAUUCCCUCGCCAAGCUGGGAUGUCUUAACCUGUCCUCUGAGGACCUGUCCAGUGAUGUGGAGGUGGCCACAAUCACAGACUCCAAGGAGGCUGUGUCCAGCGAGUGCUCCGUGCUCGCUGAGCCCCCGCUGAGGAGCGUGGACGGCGCCUCCAAACCGGGGCUGAAGCCUCUGCCUGGGAACUUGAAGAACACGCUUUGGAUGGGCAAAAGCUGAUGCUUUGCAGGGGGAGGAGGGGGCUGGAUUUUGGGGGGUUUGCAGCAUUUAUUCAUUGCAUCAGUGCUGUUUUUUCAUCUGACUUGCAGCAGCUCAUCUGGUGCCACCUCCUUGUCCCCCUCCUUGAAAGAACCACGAUGGGUCAAGGUGAAGGGCACAAGGGAAAUAAAAUGUGUUGCAUGGCUUAGAGGAGGACUUGGUGUGUGACUUGCCUGUUGUCCUGCAGGAUGCUCUUCCUAGUACUGUUUGCCAAGUGUAAUAACGUGGAUUUGUGUGUAGUUAUGGAUAGAUAUUUGUAUCUCUAUCUAUCUAUAUCUAAAAUGCUGAAAUAUUCUGUUUCAAAGACUCAAAAUAAUUAUUCAUUACUUUUUUUUUUUUUACAGAACAAACACAAGUCUCUAUUUAAACAGGGCACUUGUGGAAAAUCCUUAAAAUGGUGACACGCACACUA